GAUUUCUGUGGAUCGAUUUCCUUUGUAUCAUACAGGACGAUGAAGGAGAUUGGGCAAGUGAAGCCGCCUUGAUGGCUUCUGUUUACAGCCAUUCUUACCUUACACUCGCAGCUCUUGACUCCAAAGAUAGCAGUGGAGGUUGCAGGAUGGUUGCCGAUAUUCAGAGUUCUUACUCUAACCAUUCUGUUGAUAUUGACUUCUAUGGACUCGGAGAACACGAAACGAGGUUCCAUCGUCGGCGACUUCGAGUUUUUGAAACACUUUUCUUUGAUGACGGAUCUAUCGAAGUUGGACACCUUAACAGCCGCGCCUGGACGUUACAAGAAAGGGAGCUUUCGAGAAGAGUUAUCUCAUUUUCCAGUCAAGGGCUACUUUGGGAGUGUAACGAGCUCCGCGCAACUUCACAACGGCCAUGGGAAAAUAUCAAAAGAUCUACCACCAGGUCUAUAUACAGGGUACCUCUAGGGGACACGAAGGGACUGCUUAAGAGCAAGGCAUCCUAGGAUGAUAUCGUGGAGGAUUAUUCUGCACGAUCAUUGACAAAACAAA